UUUUCUGUGUGUGCGCCAAGUGGAAAAUUGUUUAAAAAUAUAACGAAAACGCCAAACAGCAAAAGCUCCAACAAAAAACCUUUGUCAAUCAGAGAGAAGUGAACAAAAUAUACCUGCAUAACUGUAAACAACUACAACAACACCAACAACAAGUGCUACUAUUACUACAAAAACAACAAACAUUCAGCAGCACAAUACAAAGGUAGUCCAAAGUAACUGUCGCCGCUCUAGGGGUAGCUGAGUGUUUGCUGGUAGCAUGCCAGCUGCAGUUAUGGCAUCAGAUAUCAAUUGGGAUCCAGCGCUUUCAAAAUUGAUAACCACAUUGAAGGAAUCGGACAAUUUGUCCAAUGAUCAGGAGAUUGACUUUCUUAAAGCCUUGCUGGAGUCCAAGGAGCUAAAUGCCUUGGUCAAUGUGCACACAAAGGUGGCCAAGGUGGGUCGGGAUGAAAGGCUAGCACCUGUCUUGUCCACCUCGUCGCAGGUGCUCUACGAGGUGCUCGAGCAGCUGUCGCAGCGUUGUCAUCUAAACGAAGAUUGCAAAGAGGCAUUCCAUCUGCUGCAGGAUUCGCAUAUCCAGCACCUGCUAUUGGCCCACGAUGCGAUCGCCCAAAAGGAUUUCUAUCCGCAUCUGCCGGAGGUGCCCAUCGAAAUGGACGAGGACGAGGAGACCAUCAAGAUUGUGCAGCUUGUCAAAAGCAAUGAGCCGCUGACAGGAGCACAAAGUGCGGAACCAAUUGUUGGCGCAACCAUAAAAACGGAUGAGGAGACGGGCAAAAUAAUUAUAGCUCGAAUUAUGCACGGCGGCGCAGCAGAUCGAUCUGGCCUAAUACACGUGGGCGACGAGGUCAUCGAGGUCAACGGCAUCAACGUGGAGGGCAAGACGCCAGGCGAUGUGCUCACCAUACUGCAAAACUCGGAGGGCACGAUUACCUUUAAGCUGGUGCCCGCCGAUACGAAAGGUGCUCAGCGCGAGUCCAAGGUGCGUGUGCGUGCCCACUUCGAUUACAACCCGGACGUGGAUCCCUAUAUACCCUGCAAGGAGGCUGGCCUGGCAUUUCAGCGUGGCGAUGUCCUACACAUUGUCGCCCAAGACGAUGCGUAUUGGUGGCAGGCGCGCAAGGAUCACGAGCGCUCGGCACGCGCCGGCCUCAUACCCAGUCGUGCUCUGCAGGAGCGUCGCAUCCUGCACGAGCGAACGCAACGCGAAGCCAAUGACCUGGACUCGAAGCCCGGUUCAUGCGCCUCGCUCUGCACCACGCCUCCUGGCUCACCUCGUCUGCAGACSAGCAGCAGCAGCUCCUCCUGCCGCCAGCCUAAGACUAAAAAGAUAAUGUACGAUUUAACAGAGAACGACGAUUUCGAUCGAGAAUUGAUUGCGACCUAUGAGGAGGUGGCCAAGCUGUAUCCGCGUCCAGGCAUCUAUCGACCCGUUGUACUAAUCGGAGCACCUGGCGUGGGACGCAAUGAGCUGCGCAGAAGAUUGAUAGCGCGUGAUCCCGAAAAGUUCCGCAGUCCAGUACCAUAUACCACGCGACCCAUGCGACCAGGUGAGGUGCCUGGACGUGAGUACAUUUUCGUGGCACGCGAUAAGAUGGAGGCUGACAUCGAGGCGGGCAAGUUUGUGGAGCACGGCGAGUACAAGGGUCACCUCUACGGCACCUCGGCCGAGAGCGUCAAGUCCAUUGUGAAUGCGGGCUGUGUGUGUGUGCUGAGUCCGCACUACCAGGCGAUCAAGACGCUGCGCACCCCCCAGCUGAAACCGUUUCUCAUACACAUCAAGCCGCCGGAGCUGAGUGUGUUGAAGGCGACGCGUACGGAGGCGCGGGCCAAGUCCACGUUCGAUGAGGCCAACGCGCGCAGCUUUACAGAUGAGGAAUUCGAGGAUAUGAUCAAGUCGGCGGAACGCAUCGAUUUUGUCUAUGGUCACUUUUUCGAUGUGGAAAUCGUGAAUGGGGAAUUGGUGAAUGCGUUUGAGCAGCUCGUCCAACACGUGCAGAGGCUGGAGAAUGAGCCACUCUGGGCGCCAUCCAUGUGGGUGCAGUAGGCGUAGCCACGCCCCCAGCCAACAACUCACUCCCACAAACACCAAAGUAUUUGCCAUACGAAUUUAGCCCAAUAAAAAAACAAAAAAAAAGAUAAAACUGCUAUGCUAAAUGAAAAGUUAGUUGCCAAUGUUGCACGGCAUUUAGUUAGAAAGAGAGAGAGAGCAUGAGAAGGCGAGAGAGACAUACUAUAUAUAUAUAKAGAGAUAUAUAGAGAAGAAUAAAUACUAUUUACCCUUAGACGCUACUCUUCAGCGUCCUUUCCUUUUCACAACAUGUACCUAUUUUUGCGUAAAAGUGAAAACAAUGAAAAGAAUACAAUAAAAACCAAUGAGAAUUGUAAAGAGAGGCCGAAAAGAGAGAAGAGAAAUUUAAUGGAAAAUUAUUAAAAUUUAAAUUAACAAAAGAACUAAAUCCAUUUAACCAAAUUUAUGCGUCAUCUGUUGUACAACAAUUAUUUCACUUAAAUAAUGUUUGUCCAUAAAAA